AACCACAGAAUGGCGGAAUUUUUGGUGGAAAAUAACAUCUUACACUUUAAAUGAAAAAAGUUAUCAGAGAAAAAAAUUAUGCAGCCGAGUAAUUAUCACCGCAAAUUGUUUCUUUUUCUGCAUGAAAAAAUUACCCUGUAUUGUCAAAAGUGUGCUCAAGAAUGUACGAAAGGUCCGAAAAAAAUUGCUCGAUCCAUAUUUAAGAAAUAAAUUCGCCGGAAAAGUCGGCCUUUACGACGCCAUUUCCGGUGACCGUCUGGAUAAAAGAUAUGCCCGCGUUGGUAGGAUGAUUCCCAACAGAAUCGUCUAARUGAAAAACUACGUGUUUUAGUUAAAUCUUCAAACUUGGUCGAAUGAAAAAAAAAUAAAAUAAAAAUAAAUAUAAAAAAAAUUAAAAAUUAGUUAGGCGUUCGGUAAGGUCUGUCAUGUAGACCUUUUAUGGAAAAUCAAAAACGUUUUACCUUACGGAUUGCAUAAAACUUUGGAGUCAUAUUUAAAAAACAGGCAAUUUAGAGUUAAAGUAGCAGACUUCAUAUCAGAAGAACGAGUAAUAAGGGCUGGUGUACCUCGUGGUAACGUGCCAGGUCCAAUUCUAUGACACAGCUCUAGUGAGCCGUAACAAAUGCCCCAUUAGAGCAUCAAGACUAUUAGAGCAGCUCUUAACUUUUAUCGAAGAAUGGCUAGCCAACUGGAGUAAAAGUAUUAUUGAGCAAAAAUGCAGGCAUAUUACAUACUCGCUAAGACCAGAAACGUGUCUGACAGUUAAAAUAAACAAUGCUCCAGUACCCCAAGCGAAUGAAGUAACUUUUGUCGGGAUUCAGCUGGAUCGAAGGCUCACAUGGCGAAAACAUGCAGCGAGUAAAAUAACUAACAUGAAGUUUUUAAGGCUUUUAAAAAAAAUUCCUGUUUUACCACCAUACUUUACAUACGUAAUGAAAACGUUCAUAUCUAUAUUAAUAUUCAUCUUGAUAUGAUAAAGAUGGAGAUAGAAGACAGCAGAAUGAGAUAUAUAUCUGAACUUCGCGAACAUCCAAACCCAUUGGCUAAUCCCUUGGCAAAUUGACCGGAGCGUCAACUCGGCAUAAUUCUGCCGCUGGUGCAAGAAGCCGCGCUCCCUACUGCUUCAGCUGCUCACAAAUUCGUAGUUCACUAUUUCUAAAAGCGGGAAUGAAGCGAGUGGUGGCAGUGGUGGUUCUGCCAAUCUAGAACUACCAAUAUUUUUGGCUAUUGUGGAAUAACCAGAAAUUUUGAUCUUUUAGAAUAUCUACUGCUUGCAGUUACGUCUCGCUUUUUAUCCAUUUUCUAUAAAAGGACAAGAACUGUUGAAUAAACAUUGUUAGGCAGAUUCAAUGUUCACCCAUACGCAUUAACGUUUAUGUCGGAGGGAUAAAAAACGAUCACUGUAAUCAAUUCCCAAAUAUAGCCCAAAAUUUAAAAACAUUGUUAGAAAAUUCAAAAUAUACGUAAUGCGAUGGCCUUAAGUUGGCUCCAACUAUUCCAGGUGUAACAUUUGGCGUUAAUGGAACAGGACCAGGAGGAUACCGAGCAACCUUACUGCUACGUGUUCCCUAAAAGUGAUGACCGCAUUAAUUUAUUACUUACCUAUCCAGGCAGGAAUGUUAAAUCGGAAAGCUUCUUAGUAGUACAUCUUGCAAAAAACUGUGAAGAGGACAUGGAAAUCUUACUAAAAGCCAACGAGAAUGAAUUAUUACAAGGACCAACCUCCAUAGCCGAUAUCAGCACCCAAGCUUUAGCUACGCAGUGGACUGCCGCCAGCAAAAUGUGUCCUGGCUCAUUUAAUGUACAAGGCGUUUUUGUUACCAGUGAGAAGCAGAACUUUGGUGAUGAAAAUACAAAUAUUGCUGCAAAGAAAAUGUUGCACGAGUUGCACAAUAUACUCUUUCAGGGUAAUGUUUUCUGUACCUCAGUUGAUGAAGAGAAUCCAGCUUUGAUAUUUCUGGCAUAUUCAGCAGCAAGCAAGAAAGCAAUUUGUCAAGCUUAUACGAAUGAUAUGACGGGCGGCUCGUUUGCAUCCAUGAAUUGUCAGUUCAUAGAUAAACCUAUAGACUGGCAUACUUUUGAAUGUUGCUAUGAAUUGGAUGAAAUAUUUCCAAUAUUUGAUGAUUCCCAGAGAAUUAAUAUAGAGAAUCAAUUUCAACGUGCCUUGUUAGCAAUGAAACGAAGUUUAUCCGAAAGUGAAAUGUUUAUAGAAAACAUUUGGGUGGAUGAAUCAUUAUCUCUGGAUGGGUUCGCAGCAAACAAUCGAAAGAAAGUCGCAAAUGAAAAUUACAAAGCUACAAUAUUUUUACCAGUAAAAUGUCAUCAAUAUAAUGAGCACUCGGUCAAAGUACGGAAAUUCAAUGGGACAAUUCGACUUUCUGGCAUUAUUUUUUCGAGAAUUUGGUGCAGCAAUAAAAACACAUUGGGUGAUGUUAAGCGAUAUGUACAGAAUGAUAUAUUACGUUCAUUAGCGGCCAGAAUUCAAGUUUAUUGUGACGGAUUAACCGAUCCUCAUGUUAACAACGACUCUGUUUUCAUAAGUGAACCUCCGCGACGUGUUUUCUUUAACUUAUUCGCUGAUGGAACAAUCAAUCCAAUACAAUUCUCAGAGUAUAUAUUUCGUGGAGAAGCGCCAACAGUAGCUGUGGCCCAAGCUAAACAAGUUCUCGAUUUAGAUAUUAGUUUAGAAAAUAUUGUUGCAGACUUAGAGGGUUUGCCCGAUGAUGAAAUAUUUAGUGAUAUAUCCUUAGGUAAUGUACAAAAGAAUUCUCCACAACCGAUGGUUAACACAGAAAAAUACUUAACACGUUCCAUGUACAUAUUAGGGAUAACCAUCUCUCUUUUAGUGCUGUUAUGUUCUAUUUGGUUGCAUUAUUUCUUUCCUUAAUUAGACUUGUACCUAAUGAUAAUUUUCUAAAUAACUAAAGUUUUAU